UGGGCCGUAGUAUAUAGUAUGCGUUUACUCGUGGUCUCCCGCUUGUAGCACACGGAGAGUCUGACACGGGCUAGCUAGAUAGCAUGGGGGAGUCGAUACACGCCCUUCGUUGUGACUUCUUGUGCCUCCAAGGUACGCAGAUCAAGCACAUCUUGUCGAGUGAUCUAAACAGACUCACAGGACUCAGCGUUUUGACCAGACUGAUCCUCUCUCCACCGGUGACACACGAGACCAGCCUCGCACACAUGACUGGUGAUUUGCCAGGAAACGUCUCUCUCACUGCUUCACUCACAGACUCCCUGCUCAGAUACCCCUACUCAGCUGCAGGGACAGACGGCUGAGUGACCAACAGCACACACCAGUAAACUACCACCUCACCCCUCUUUUCCUCCUGACCGAUGGCCAGCAACUGCCUCUCACACUCUUCACGUACCACCUCCAUCUCUGCCUACCAUCAAUCGUUGGAGAGAGAGAGAGAGAGAAAAGUAAAACCUCUGAAGAUACAUGAGAAUGUCCCUCAUUCAGAGGUUUCAAGA